GGCAUCUGGAGUUGAAACGCUUCUUUCAGGCGGUGCCAAGUGGACGAUCACGAGUGUCGUUACGUCCAGCCUCUCACUUCAGACUGGACACAGCGUCGUUACGCUCAGACUCAUUAGAAACCGCCGGUGAUGCUGAUGGAUGCGCGGUGCGCGUGAGAAGAACUUUUACCCGCGCGCACUCUGGUUCUCCUGAUCUCCAUCAUGUCCGAUCAGCCCUCAUCUCCUCCAGCCGGACAGAAAUCCGCCCUCAGGGUGACCGGCUCAUCUGAGAGCAGGUUUCAGGUGGAUCCGGUGGCGGAGGGCUCGCGCUCUUCGGCCGGUGAGGAGUCGAAGGGCAGAUUGCGGGCGGUGAACUUCCUCAGCCCGUCUGACGGAGCUCCUGACGCGGGUGUGAAUGGAGACACGGUGAGAAGUGAAGCCAGUCUCCACUCGUCUACUGGAGGUCUCAGUCAUUUCUCAGACACUCACAGCAACACAUAUUACCUGCGGACUUUCGGUCACAACACCAUCGACGCGGUACCGAACAUCGACUUCUACCGGCAGACAGAAGCGCCGCUGGGAGAGAAACUCAUCCGACCGUCACUCGCGGAACUGCACGAAGAGCUCGACAAGGAGCCGUUUGAGGAGGGCUUCCCCAGCGGUGAGGACGUGGCCGCCACAGACACUCUGGCACAGAAAGAAGCGUCGGACUCGAAAGGAGGAACAGUGAAGUUUGGAUGGAUUAAAGGAGUUCUGGUCAGAUGUAUGUUGAACAUUUGGGGCGUGAUGCUGUUCAUCAGGAUGUCGUGGAUUGUGGGUCAGGCCGGGAUCGCUCUGUCGUGUGCCAUCGUUCUCAUUGCUAUAGUCGUGACGUCCAUCACCGGUCUGUCCACGUCAGCGAUAGCCACCAACGGUUUUGUUCGUGGAGGCGGAGCGUAUUAUCUGAUCUCCAGGAGUCUGGGUCCAGAGUUUGGAGGAUCUAUCGGUCUGAUCUUUGCCUUCGCGAACGCCGUCGCUGUGGCCAUGUACGUGGUGGGCUUCGCCGAGACGGUGGUUGAACUUCUGGAUAGUAUAGAUGCUCUCAUGACAGAUGAGAUCAAUGACAUCAGGAUCGUGGGAACGCUCACGGUUAUUUUACUGUUGGGAAUCUCUGUGGCUGGGAUGGAGUGGGAAGCAAAGGCUCAGAUUGUGUUGUUGAUCAUUCUUCUGGCGGCGAUUUUCAACUACUUCGUUGGAUCCUUCAUUCCAAUGGAAUCAAAGAUGCCCAAAGGCUUCUUCGGCUAUAAUGCUGCUAUAAUGAUGGAGAACAUGGGUCCAGACUUCAGAGAUGAAGAGACGUUCUUCUCUGUCUUUGCCAUCUUCUUUCCGGCUGCUACAGGAAUCUUAGCAGGUGCCAACAUCUCUGGAGACCUGACGGAUCCACAGUCUGCGAUCCCUAAAGGAACCCUGCUGGCCAUCCUUAUCACGGGAGUCGUGUACAUCGCCGUGGCCAUCUCGAACGGCUCUUGCAUCGUCAGAGACGCUACAGGAGAUGAUAAUGACACUAUGGUGGGUUCACUGGAGAACUGCACAGACGCCGCCUGUACGCUGGGUUAUGAUUUCUCCAUCUGUAAAGAGGGAGGCUGCAAGUACGGACUUCAGAAUGACUUUCAGGUGAUGAGUUUGGUGUCUGGGUUUGGUCCUCUCAUUACCGCUGGGAUUUUCUCUGCCACGCUCUCAUCUGCACUGGCUUCACUGGUCAGCGCUCCUAAAGUCUUCCAGGCUUUGUGUCGAGAUAACAUCUACCCUGGACUGCACGUGUUCGCGAAGGGUUACGGGAAAAACAAUGAGCCGCUGCGAGCGUACGUGCUCACGUUCAUCAUCGGUCUGGCCUUCAUUCUGAUCGCCGAGCUGAACAUCAUCGCUCCCAUCAUCUCCAACUUCUUCUUGGCUUCUUAUGCUUUGAUCAACUUCUCUGUGUUUCACGCGUCGCUGGCGAACUCUCCAGGAUGGCGUCCCAGUUUUAAAUACUACAACAAAUGGGUGUCGUUGUCUGGAGCGGUGCUGUGCUGCGUGGUGAUGUUUGUCAUAAACUGGUGGGCCGCUCUUUUCACUAACGUCAUCGUCCUGGCGCUCUACAUAUACGUCAGCUAUAAGAAACCUGAUGUGAACUGGGGUUCAUCUACACAAGCGCUGAUGUAUAAUCAAGCCUUAUCUCACUGUCUUCAUCUCACCGGAGUGGAAGAUCACAUCAAAAACUUCAGACCUCAGUGUCUCAUGAUGAGCGGUUAUCCGAACUCCAGACCAGCGCUGGUGUAUCUCGUGCACGCCUUCACCAAGAAUGUGGGCUUGAUGAUCUGCGGUCACGUGCGCACUGGGUACCGUAGACCGAAUCAUAAAGAUAUGAUGAACGAGCAGGUGCGCUAUCAGCGCUGGCUCCUGAAGACACAAAUCAAAGCUUUCUACACACCUGUGUUUGCUGAAGAUCUCAGACAGGGCGCUCAGUUUCUCCUACAGACGACGGGUUUGGGUCGGCUGAAACCGAACACGCUUGUAUUUGGCUUUAAGAAUAACUGGAGAGACGGUGAAAUGAAGGAUGUUGAAACCUACAUCAACACCAUCCAUGAUGCGUUCGAUCUGCAGUAUGGUCUGGUUCUUCUCAGACUGAAGGAGGGUCUCGACAUCUCUCACAUUCAAGAUGAAUUUCUGUCCACACAUGAGAAAACUCCCGGAAUGAAGGAUCUGCUGGUGUCCGUCAACAUUAAAGACUUUGACAGUGAUUCUUCUAAACCAUCAUCCAAAACCACCAGCUGUCAGAGCAGUCCUCUCAUCUUCAAAGACACAAAGAGCCGUCCUGCUCAUCUGAGUCCAGCAGACCAGAGACUUCUGACAGCCAGUCAACAGUUCAAGAAGAAACAACACAAAGGAACUAUUGACGUUUGGUGGCUGUUUGAUGAUGGAGGCCUGACUCUUCUGAUACCAUAUCUGCUGACCAACAAGAAGAAAUGGAGAGACUGCAAGAUCCGGGUGUUCAUCGGUGGAAAGAUAAACCGGAUUGAUCACGACCGCAGAGCAAUGGCUGCAUUACUCAGUAAAUUCAGGAUUGACUUUUCAGACAUCACCGUUCUCGGAGACAUCAACAUUAAGCCAAAGAAACACAAUAAGGAGAUGUUUCAGAACAUGAUCGAGCCGUACAGACUGAAAGAAGAUGACAUGGAGCAAGAAGAUGCUGAGAGACUGAAGACACAAGAACCCUGGAGAAUCACUGAUAAUGAGCUCGAGCUCUACAGAGCGAAGUCUAAUCGUCAAAUCCGAUUGAACGAGCUGUUGCAGGAACACUCGAGCACAGCAAACCUGAUCGUCAUAACGAUGCCGCUGGCCAGAAAGGGGACGGUGUCCAGCGCUCUCUACAUGGCCUGGCUGGACACCUUAUCUAAAGAUCUGCCUCCUAUUCUUCUGGUCCGAGGAAACCAUCAGAGUGUUCUCACCUUCUACUCAUGAGCACGACGUGAUGCCACAAUCAUGACUUCUGGAUAUUGGCCUGAUGUAUGUUCGCUUGUCAAACACUCGUGUUUAUUACAUAUCCAGUGAGAAAUGAUCAGAUCUGAUAUUCUAGAGGGCUGAAAUAGACGUAAUGCUCAUUUUUUAACUGUUCUGUUAUCUGUCAUGUUGUUCGCUGCGGAGAACUGAUGUAGUUUUCCAUCGGCAAGCAAGAGAUUCUUUCCUCCUACACAGUACAGCAGAUCUGAACAGUGUGAGAUUGUUGUUGUUGUCAGGUUUAGUGUUCUAGAACAUUUGGACCUGUGGACGGAUGGUGUACGGAGUUUAUCAAGAGUCCACUAACACUUAUAAAGUUCUUCAUGUUACAGAAGGUUGUGGCUGUGCACAUGCAGGAGGUGAAAAGCAGGUGUUUUUGUUGUAAAUGAAUAUGGUUGUACUACAUUUAUUAAUUUAUGUUUCUAAUGCUUUAAGUACUUAAAAUGCUCUUAAAAUGUCUGGAUGAACUGAAAGCAGAUUGCUUUCCAGUGUUGCCAAAACAACAUUAAAAGAUUGAAUUCAUUAAAUAAAUAGUCUUCCUUUGAACGAUA